UUUGGAAACGGAAUCUCAUCAUAUUUUUGUCUGAAUAACUGUGUUAUUGCCAUGGUUUCGGAGUUCAUCUUGUUGUUGAUGUAGUUUAUUGUGUACAUCAUCCUUAACAGUUUGCUAGAUUUGAUGACAUGGUGCCCUUUGAAGUGUUGGUUGUGAUGAGGUAAACUUACCAAAUGGCGGGGAUGAUCGUGGCCCCCCUAGCGGUGGGCGAGGACUUCGACAGCUUGGAUGGUGAGGAGGAAGUUGGUGCUGUGGACAGCAAGUACAAUCAUGCUCAUUCAGAAACGGGAAUUAACCAUGCUGGUGCCACUAUCAACUCUGCAUCACCGGAUGCUGGAUGUUUCGACAAUUCUGAUUGGUUUACAGCUGAAUUUCUUCAUGGUUGUGAUGGAGGAGUUGGUGAUGACUCAGAUCUCAAGACGAGCAAUAAAACAAAUUGUGCAAAAUCUGAAAAAGAUAAAUCCAAUAAUAACUGUGUAAAAGAGAAUGAUGUUGAGGAUGAGAAAAUGUGUUCUGUGAUAUGUAAUUCUACAAAGGUUUUUAAGCAGGUGACUCCAAGUCCAAUUAAUUCUGGAAGUCAUAAAUCAUGUACGCAUUCAAGGAGUGCUUCCAACCCGGUGCAUACUUCCACCAAUCAGGAAUUCUUCCCACCGUCGUUUAAGCGGACCAAUAGUUCUUCUAGUAGUGAUUUCUGUAGCAGUCCCACCAUGUCAGUCUGUGAAAGUAUUACCAGCCCAACCAGGACUUCUAGCCAGGCGGUUCUCCGUGGUCGCCAGGCAAGAUGGGAAAUGCAGACGGCUAACAAACCAAUAGCACGACCACGGAGCACUACUCCAAUCAGUAUUGCAACCUAUGAGGAUUACAUUUCAAUAGAAUCAAAAAAAGUAAACAGAAAGGAAAGCCUUUCGCCUGUAAAUAAACUCAAAAUCAUUCUUCCUGGUGAGGAAUUUGAAGCUCGUGUACGAAGCCCCCGAAAGUCUCCAAAAAAAUAUCCAGGGGAGACCUUGUGGUCGAACUUUGAUGAAACUGGUUUAUUCAGUCGUAGUGCCAUAAUCACAGACGUGACCUCGCCCCUCAAGUCUCCCAAGAGAGUCAUCAUGCCAUCGUCUCUUCCAACAUCUCCUGGUGGCCGUAGCUCUUCCACGACUUCCCCAAAUACAUGUAAUUGGAUUGCAUUCGGUGACGAUGAUGAACCAGUGUUGGCCAAUAGCUCAAGUACCGUUAUCUCAGGCUUGUCACUUCAUUCUCAGUAUCAACACGAUUCUUCCCCGCCAUCUCCACCAACGCUUCCACCAAGCCCCUGGUCCUUAGAAUAGAAUCAAGACACCCCAAGUGCCUCUACCUCAAUCAUGAGUGGCGGACUACUGGAAGACUUCAAAGAGUUGACCAGUUCUGCAAUCCCUUCUCAGAAAGGACGACGUCAUGAUUCACACACCCUAAAGGCUCCUAAAGACCCAAGCGCCAAGGGAAGCCCGUUAAAAUCACUCUUGAAUUUCGGAAAGAAAAAAAUCUUGAAGACCGAGAAAAAGGAGGAGAAAAAAGAUAAACACGAGUUACAAAUUGAUGAUUUUGUUGUCCCGCCUGAUCAGACAGUUGAUGAGGAAUCGGAGGAGUGGCAAGCGUUUCAGCAGUUGUUAGCACGUAGUAAGGCAACCGUUGAGGUUACCAAAUCAAACAUAUCCAAGUUAGAAAAAACAACAUCAAUUGGUGAAGGUGCGACGAUAGACGUUCCUAAGCCAUCAGGUGCAUCUUGGGAAGCAUUUGAUGCCGACGAAGACAGUAGUCAAACACGGACUAUAUCUCCGCCGAUCAAAAGUGUAACUCCGCCUGAUAUUAGUUUUGAUGAAGAACCUGAACUGAACACAGGUCUUAUAGAUACCAGUAUUGAUACAAGUUCUCAGUUGGCUGCCUUGAAGGUCUCACCCGUGCCCUCUCCGGCCCACCAGCCGAUCCCGCCGCAUAACAGCAGACGUGAAAGUAUUGACGUAGAUAGAAACAUGGAAGACGACGGAAUCGAAGAAUUGAAUUUAGAAUUACAGACUGUACCAUGUCCUGCACCGGACGUAGACUCUGCGGCUGAUGCUGAUAUAGAUUCCACAGCCGAUCUUCUCGGCCUGUCUGCAGCUUCAACCUCUUCGCCGCCUGAGUAUAAGAAAUCUAGAUCAUCAUCCGUGAAUGAGGAUCUUCUUGCAAAUCUAGGCUUGGAAAAUUUGAGCCCUUCUGGCGAUGUAUAUGAUGGAAUAUUCAGUGGGCAGUCUUCAGGUGUGACAACCCCCGUACAUAGGGACUAUGAUGUCUAUCAUGUCCCGGGUGGCUCCGAGUUUGCUAACCAGCUGGUCGAUGACUUUUUAGGUGUGUCGGCUGAGCCCCCUCCCCCUGUGGCCGAACAGCAGGAUAUCCUUGAUAAAAUUGCUUCACUCGUUCCAAAGAAAUCGGACGGCUCUUCCAAAACAUCUGAUCCUUUUGACUUUGGGUUCGGUGAUGUUGGGUCCACCAAUAAUAAUAUGAACAAUGGCGUAUUACUGGGUGGUGUUACAAACACCGUAUCAGAUACUGAUGAUUUCUUGGGGCUGGGCAUUGAAACUUCCAACAAAACUGACAAUGUUGAUUCAUCCAUGACGACAUCGGCCCACAAUCCAUUCCUUGUAGAUAAUGCUGUGCCGAGUAAUAACACUGGAUUUGCUGAUUCAACACUUGAUGACUUUUUUGGUGUUCCCGCUAAAACGUCUCCGGCUAUAUCAGCUAAUGAAAUGACGGACGAGUCGAGCUUCGAACCUGAGUCUGAUAAAGGCACACCUGAAGAAGAUUUCUUUGAUCCUCGGGCUGCAGCUGGGCAUGAUGUCAAUGUCGCUCCUGUCAAUGGUGAGGUUGACGUCUGGGCAGAGCACGACUCGGCUCCAGCACAAGGGGGCUUGGAAUUUGAGGUGAACUUCAAUGAUCAAGUUGAUGCACCUGCAGAAUCGGUCUCUGAAGUCACGAAAGAAGAUGGCAAUCUCUUUGCAGACACAAAUAAGAACGUGUUUCCUGAUAUCGACAUCAAUGAUGUGUUUGCAAAUACUCAGAACGAUGCCUUCUUCACCCAGGUGGAUGAAGCAGGGAUGAACAAUCCUUUCUUGACAGGAGAUAUGCAGACUGAUGUUUCUGCGGCAUUCAGCACUAAGAAUCCUUUCGUAGAUCACGUUGAUGCUUUGGUAGAAUCGCAACAGCAGCCUGAUUUUGAUGCCGUAUUUGGAGAAGAGCUGGAAAUGCCUAAUUUUGAGUCCGUGUGUGCAUUGAAGGCUGUUGGUUCAUCAAAUGAGUAUGAGGAGCCACCAAAAAAUACAGAGAGGUUGGAUGUGUUUGAUCCAUUCCAGACUAUCCAUCCUACUUCGGGUGAUGAGCACGAACAUGCUGCUGGAGCAGUGUCCGAUGGUGAUGAUGAUGCUGACGAACCUACGAGGGCUAUCCAAGCAUUCAGAAUAUCAGACCCUGCGAAGCAUUCUGGAACUGAAAAUGCAUCACCUGCACCAGCCUUGCCACCUCCACCCAAGACUCAAAUUGAUGCACCACCACGAUUCAACCCGUUCGAUAAACCUGAUUCUUCAAGUUCAGAUGAAGAGGGCCCAUCAUUCCCAAAGCCUAGUGGAGAGGAGGAGAAAUCAGGACCACCAGCGAGGCCUCCCCCACCAGUCAUCUUGACCAAGGUACCGGUAAGAACACCUUCGCCAGAAAUCUGGAUCCCGGAGGAGCUGCCAGUGUUUCAUGAACCAUUCGAGGGCGCUGGUUGGCACCUCAUGAUCCGGCAACCAGCUAAGAAAAAGAUCACGAGUAACCGAUACUGGAAGAAGGUUUGGGUUAAGAUGGCCAAGACUGAGAGCACCCUUCUGAUAACAUGCUGGGAGGACGAACUGGAGAAAUACAAGAUACAGGAGUUGACUGUUCAGCCGGUUUACACGAUAUCUGAGGAGUCGUUGCAGCAAUUUGAUCAGUACGGCAAGAUUCACACGUUUAAGAUACAAUACGUGUUCUAUAAGGAGCGCGUGGGGAUUAGGCCUGAUCGCAUCACACCGCAAAAUAUACAGAAUCUAGUCAAACAUAAGCCAAAGCCAGGUAUGAUUUUGGAUCAUGCACCGCAGAUAUCUGAGUUGAUGAAAUUUGGAAGUUUAGAUCAGGAGGUUUUGCGUUCAUUUAUGCAUGAGAUAGAGGACUCUUUGAUGAAGUUAGUAGCCCAUCGCGAUAAGACACUUUCAUAUGCCAAGGACGAGGUAUCCGUAGAGGUCUGGGAUGAGUACCAGGCCCUUGUUGAUUUCGAGGGACAUGUUACUUUCCAAAAAGCACGCGUGCGUCUCUUUGUUCUAGCAUUUGUGACUGGUAUGCCUGCGUGUGAGUUGGGGAUUAACGAUAAACGUCGAGAUGGAUUGGAGGUAGUAGGCCGCCAUGACAUCAUUCCUCUCAAAACGGAGGAUUGGAUCCGAAUACAGGAUUGUGAAUUCCAUUCCACUGUCGAUCUUGCUGAAUUUGAAAAAUCAAACACAAUACGUUUUCAUCCUUUGGACGCUUGUCAAGUUGAACUUGUUCGAUUCCGCAUUCCGUUGAGGGAAAACAAGGAACUGCCCUUACAGCUUAGGAUGAAAUUCACCGUGACAAAAGCCAAAGAAUCAAAGGUGGACAUUCGUGGUGAUGUCAUGAUUCCGGGAUACUAUAGUUCGGAGGAUGGCCAAGUGCCGUGCGAGGAUAUACAAAUACGCAUCCCCAUUCCUGAAACGUGGAUCUACUUUUUCCGUGUGGAGCGCCGUUUUGGAUAUGGAUCAGUUCACGCUGCGAAAAGGAAGCCAGGUAAAAUCAAAGGACUUGAACGCAUCACAAUGAUGGCUCAGGGAUUUGCACCGCCAUCUUUGAUCGAGGUUGACGUCGGUACUGCCAAGUACGAACAUGUAUAUCGGUCGAUUGUGUGGAGGAUCCCCAGACUUCCUGAUAGAAACCAUGGUGCUUAUAAGACCCAUCUAUUCUCUUGUCACCUUGACCUCGGGCCACACGACGAAAUUCCCGAGACCUACGCCCAGUACUGUAAAGUGGAAUACACGAUGCCCGGUUCAACCGUCUCAAAAUGCGCCGUACGGUCGAUAUCUUGCGAGAAUCCCACGCCACCGGAGAAAUGGGUGCGGUAUAUCGCAAAAUACGACUACCAAGUUGAGAUGGACAAUAUACUGAAGGAAGAUCCUGAAGAGGGAGCUGUCGCGGAGAACAAGGAACCGGCGAUUGAACAGGAUUAUGCCAUCUAAAGCGUCAAAAUACUCUCUGUCACUGUGUUAAUAUUGUACUGUAUUAAAUUUCUAUUGUGAAGGAAUGAAAUCAAAUAGCCGAAGGGUAAGUUUUCUAUUUUUACAAAUGUUUUAGGAUUUGACUUUGAUCACAGCGUCAGAAUGUAUUAGACCAUCCUGCGGGUUGCGUUUUUGAAACCUUUAGCAAAAGUUCAGUUCAGCUCGGAUCCUACUUGCCAACAUAUAGUUACCAUUAUGCCGUGUAUAAUUUUGCUAUUCUAAGUCAAAGAAAAUCAGGGCUGAAAAAUCUGAAAUAGGCGUAGUUUUGCUUUCAAUUGCCCAUUGACCCAAAGUCAACGAGUUACUAAGCCAUGUGCUAGAAAACCAAAUUGAUAUGCACUAUCACCUAAAAAGGGCCAAAUCAAAGAGGUACAAUCAAACAGUUUUGAAACGUGCUUGCCUAUAUUUUACAUCCUGCCGUUUUACCUGGUGCGAAAUUGACAUGUGGUCACAACAAAAGAUGGGAUCAAGGAGAUAAAUAAUUACUAAGAUGACUGAUAGAGAUGGAUUUAUGACAUUGGUUGCCAUGGUAAUGAUUAUAUGUGAUAUCUUGUAUUGGCAGAGCACUCCUUGUUGGAUCCUAUCUAUUACUUUGAAGGAAAUUGCUGGAUCAGAUUGGCAGAUGAGCCGGCGCGGUGUUAAUUAGAGAAAAAGAAGCCUGAGGGUAAUUGAUGAUCUGCGAGCUGUUUUCCCGCCAAAUGUGGUAAUCAAUAAGAACUUCUUCAAAAUGAAUUGACUGAAUGCCCAUUUAAAACAUGAGAGGCUAUUCUCUGUGAAACAAAGAACAGACUCCCACCCUUGAAAUUGACAUUCACGUUGUUUGAAGAAGUGCUUAUUGCUUUUGGAUUUCAACUUCUAGCAAAAUGGUGGUACCUCAUGGUCAUCCCCUAACGCAAAAUAAUAUCUAAGUUUCUACCUAGUUUCUUAAGGCUUAAUCAUGUCAAAGUUUCUACCCAGUUUCCUUGUCGAAGUCAUCCCCAGUCGUGAAGGGUUAAAUGGAUCAUGUUAUGUGUCAUUUUAUACUAUGAGAAAGAUCCAUACUCGCAUCUUUCCGAUGGGAAUUGUUGUGCAAUAUCAUCAUACAUUGUAUUCAUGUAAAUGUCUGUACAUUCAAGUCGAUAUUAGGUUUUCUACUUACGGUUAUCCCUUUGGGGUAUACAAAGGGAGACUUGGAGGAAUAGAUGAAUUUAGAAUUUAGAUAUAGAUCUGUCACCAUGGAGAGUAGCCUUGGCCAUCAUGAGAGUUCAUGAGGACGCGAUUUACCUUAAAUAUUGAAGACAUGAAACCAAUAUCAUUUAUCGAUAAAAUAUUUUUUUAUUGAAAUAGUGAUUGGGUAAGGUAUCUCAAUGGGAAAUUCUAAAUAUAGAGUGGUUUAUUUUCUAUUGGUGAACAACCAGGUUUGAAACUGGAGCAAAUAGAAACCACAAUGGUAGAGCAUCAGACCUGACUGAGGUACCAGCAAUGCCAAAUUUGUCGCUGUUUCUCGGACAGUUGAAGUCUCAUGAUUGCUUAAGGAAGCUCAGUUGAAUAGCAUGCACAAGUGUAUAUCAAGAGGAUAGUAGAUCUGUAGAGAAAGUACCAUGUGUGCCUAGAGUUGUGUAGUUAUUCUAGUACUAGUACUAUGCAUUGUAGCUGUGCUGUUGGUCAGCGAUAGAUGAAAUCACCAACCAAUUCUCUGGUCCCUUUCCCUUCAUUGUUUAACCUGAUGGUUGCUAAAUGUGUUUGAGGCCUGUUUGUUCCAGCAACUCGACGGUCCAAUUAGCAUGAUUAGCGUGCAGUUGUAGCACUGGGAGAAAACUGUAAAACCUUUCUUCAAGUGAUCCUAUAAAGCUCGAACAUACCGCAGUGAAUAUCAAAACGAUCGAUAUGAAAAAAGCACAUUUCCUUGUUUCCUUUCAUUAUUGGAUACUUGGAGCAUUGUGAAAUUAACCGUGGACGAGGUUUCCUAUGUCAUACAUGUAAAAAAAACGUGCUCAAAAAGUUCGGCAAUAUCUGCAUAAGAUGCUACAACUGCAAAUGAGGACAUCCAGACAUUGAACCCCAGAAGUGUUUCACAAAAUUCACUCUCAAUUCUUCUCGUUUUUUUCCAAAUCAACUUUGUUGUCUUCUUAACUUUCUCUUUCUCUUCUUUGACUAGCUCUAAUGAUGUGAUAUUUGCCAGUUUAUAGUUUAUGCAACAUUUUUCAUGGCAAUAAUUGAUUUGGUACAAGACAUUAGACUAAAUCAAAUGUUAGAAUCGGGUCGUGUAAUAUUAGUCAAAUGUUUUUAUAAACCAUACAGCAAGUUAACAGGAAUGGAAUUGUAGGUAUGACCAUGUUAGUCUGAACUGGUAGGGCUAUCAAGAUUGUCCAAAGCUGCAAGUUGUGAGUAAGGACUUGAAUGCUCUUCUAUCUUGCAUUGUGUUUUUGGUGAGCCAAAUAAAAGUUUUUCACAGAGCUGAACAAUAAUCUACAAAUGAAUGAUCAUUACCAGUGACCAUCCUAGGGUAUUCUCAAGCUGCCACCCCAUUCCUGUUGACUUGAAGACAUUUUAUAAGCUUAUUUAUACAUGGUUCAAAGUGAUUCACCCCUUGAUCAAGUGAAUGGUCAGCCACACAAUGGUGAUGAGUGGAUGUUUCAUCAACAGGCACAGUGACACACUGAGAAGCCACACAGAUUGUGUGAGCUAACGGUUUUUUCUUUUGCAGCUCUGACAGCUGCAAGUUUGGAUAGGACUCUGCUAGCUGUGGCAGCUCUGGUUAAGUGUCAUGAUUGCCAAUCAGACGUACACGAGUUAACAAGGCUGAAUCAGGAAAUGGCUUAUUAUUUAUUCAUUCUGACUUGGACCAUUGUGUGACCUGACCAUAGCCAGGUGUUGAUUAUUGGUUACGUCACAUACUAUUCAGUUUUUAUACCUACCCCACGGUGUACCUUAUAUGUGAUCUCUGUCUAGUUACGAUGGACUGCAAUAGAUAUUAGGUGUGAUAUCAUGGUGAAGAAUACUCAAUGUUUAGAUGCAAUGUACAUGUAAAUCUGAUGUAAAUGAUGUAAUGUUGUCGCUGUGUAAUGCAAUGUAUGUAAUGUACAUAUCAAACAUUUGUUAUACAAGAAAUCAAUGUAUUAAAAUGGCUGUCGGUAGGCUGUCAGUACACAGGCCGUAGCCUGCAGGGAUGGGAGUGGCACAAGAAGGCAUCAUCAAGGUAGACGGAAAACUAAAAGUACUGAUAGGAUAAACAGUAAUCUGAUAUGGUUAAAUUUCCUUCUUUUAAAACCUCUUCUUCCAUUUUUAAUGCAGUGAAGUUUGUUCUCCCAACAGUAUCACUUGAUGCAAAUCUACUUGGCCAAGUUCCUCAGUCGGUGUUAAGAGACAGACGUCAGCAUUACCUCAACUGAGCAUUGGCUACUGCAGUAAAGUUCAUUUAAAAUAGUUGCGUUACGACUUAAAGGGUAACUCGUGUCAAAUUUCACCAUAUAAUGUUUUAGCUGUUUUUGACAAAUGACUACGUCACUUCUCAUAAAUCGGUAAGGUUUUCGAAUCGAAAUGCACAUUUUCUAGAAAUUGAUGGUUUAAUCCCGCCCGGACGGCUCGCUUCGAUGCCGUUUUCGUUGAUGACGUCACAACAUGAACAUUUUCGCGGUCGCGGUGGUUUACAUACAGCGAUUUUAUAAUAAAUCUAAUCAAAAAUGGAAAACUUGAGCUUUACAUUUGUGAUCAACAAUUAAAACGGACGUAUUUCCGCAAAGUUGUAAAUGACAUCAUAAUAUCACUUUAAGCCAGCGUUACUGCUCAGGCCAAUUGAUCACCAAGGCCCUUUAUAGGUUUUUUAAUAAUUUGCCCUUCCCUUGUUGCUCCUAACAGGCUAUAGCUGACUAGAAUAAAGUGAUAACGAGAGCCACCACUUGAAUAAUCUCUAAAUCUGUACAUAUACUCGCCAAAAGUGUUAUCAAACUUGACUCAAAUUCUCUUCACAGUUUAUUGCAUGUUUGCAAAGAUAGUGUUCAUUUCUUGUCUGUGAUCAGUUAAUUAGUUUGAUUAGGAGUUUAAUCUCGCCAAUGCAACUUUAGAGUUUGGCCUUUCAGUGCAGAAAUCUGUCACUAUAAGCACAUCUUGGUACAGAUCUAUUCAAAGACAGUUCAGAGACAGAGGAAAAGUUUCAUUUAAUACAAAACAAGAUGCAUGCCAAAUCCAACAAUUUAGAGUUAACCAUACCAGGUUUGGCCACAGGGGUUUCUCAUUGUUGAUGCCAGUACAUUCAUUUUCACACUUGAUCGCAGACAUAAUCCCUCCGAGUUGGUGAUACCACAUGCACACUGAAAUCAAAUGUCACACUAGAACCUCGGGGCAUUUUGCAAUACUCUAGUUGCCAUUACAUGUUUGUUGGGAGAAUGCAUUCUCGUGGUUGCACCACAUAUUACUGGAGCAAAGACUUCAGAUGAUGUGUAAAAUCGGUGAAACUUGAAUAUUGGUAUCCUUUAUCCUAUAAACAGUGAAAUUUUACAUGUACACAUCAACAUCUAUAAGCCCUGUACAUGGUUGCCAUAGUGAUGGUAAUACAAUGCCCUUUGAUGUUUACUUCCUAUCAAUUUGUUGUAUCAUCAUCGCCUUGGUUUGUUUCUUCCAUGGAUCUGAGUGGUUUCAUAGACUCUGGGUUUUCAUUUUCUUGUUCAAUCUGCCGUCAUGAUCAAAUGUCCCGACAAAGUUUCAUCAUGUGAAAUAUCUUAACCUCAUGAAAUAUGUAGGAGCUUAAAAAGACAGGAACAUCAGGGUCUGGUACUGUGUUGAUGGCUUAAAGCCAGUUGAGGACCACCUGUAGUAGGCCUAUGUACCUGUCACAGGCCCAUGUGAAAAUUACCUGUCUCCUCUGCGCAACAACCCAUUGGCACAAUAUCUUUUAACUCAAAAGUAUACGUUUUUAUUUUCAUUGUAUUUUAGUUUUAUUAUUAUUUCAACUGUUACAUUGUUAUCAAAUUUUAUUUCACCUGUUAAAUCCACAGCUUUGUUUAGUAGUCUGCACCGUUUCUGGCUUUGUGAAGCUGACAUUUUGAAUAUACAUCCCACAGACAGUACUUGGAUAGUGUGGGAUGUUAUGAAUGAAACCCACUCUACACACCUAGUCACAGGUGACGCAGUUAUUGUUACAAAUGUCAUUUUGGAAUGGAAUGAUACACCGACUCAUCAGAGUUCGCACUUAAACAUGGCAUUUGCUACUUAUGGAAAUGUAUAAUCAUGAUAGUUGACCUUUGUUUUAUUUCAUACGACAGUAUGUUGUGCUGUAGAGUUUCAGAGUUAAAUCUGACAUUGCUCUGAUUCAGCAGGGCACAAGCUUAUCACGAGUGGGCUGUUCUUUCCAUUGGCAAAAUGGAAUUUGUAAUCUUUAUGACAAGUGGUCAUUUCUGAUCAAUGUAUGAAACAAAGUUUUAUGUUGAAUUCAAAAGAUGUUUUCCUUGUCUUCAUUUGGUUUUACAUUCUGUAUUAUCUGUUAAUAUUUUUCAAUCAGACCAUCCUUGACCGUGGUUAGGAGUAGAAUUUGUGUAAGUUCAAGUUUUUAGUUAAGAUUCAAUUGAGGCCAAGCACUGACAGUGGUGCCAUCUGAAGUGUAUAUCUUGAACUGUUUAUAUAUUAGAAAAUUAUGCACUUAUAUCUAGUCACCCACCGAAUGUGAAUUCACCUUAGAUGUACCAAUAGUCUUAAAUGCACUUGGACCAUCCUUUGUGGACCCCUGACUUGAAGUUUGAAAUCACCAUGCCCAUGCUGUUACUCUGAUACCCUUUCAUAUCGAACGAGGGACAAGUUGACUUGUGAUUAUAUGGCUAUGUCCCCUUAUCUGUGCUAAUAGUGUCUUACUUCCACAUAAAUAGAUGUCAACAAUACGAUGCUUUUGCACCUAAAAUCAACGUGAUCUGUGGCUACAAGUGUGAGCCCAGUGAGGUCCCCCUUAUUGACCCUCUAAUGAGUUAUCCUGCGAGGGCACUGUUUAUAACUGAAUAGAAAAUGGGACUUGGCUCUGUGUCCAUAUUGAGAGGUGUUCGUUUGACUGAGGUGUCCACAAUAGUUGGUUCAUCUGCAUAUUAUCAAAAGUAAUGUAAAGUACGGGUAUGAUCCUGUACCGUUAAGAUCCUUAUGAAGUGUUUAGAGUAAUGUUGCACUGAAUCUGUAGAUAGUCAGAGUCAUGUUUAAUGAACCAUGUUAUGUAUAGAGUUGUGUUGAGAGGAAUAAACAGAUAAAAUGAA